AGGGUAAAUCUGCGCAGCGGUGAACAUUUUCCUUCCUAGCUCGCAGACAUGUCUUUCCAGCCCAACGUGAUCAACCUCCAGCCUCAAGUCAGCGUCCACCAGUCCACCAUGUCCGACUGGAGCUCCAACACGAUGGAUUGCUGCGACGACUGCGGCAUCUGUCUGUGCGGGACCUUCUUGCCGUGCAUCCUGGAGUGCAAGGUGGCUCAGGACCACGGGGAAAGCUGCUGCCUGGCCUUCCUCCCUGGUUCCUCGGUGGCUUUGAGGACCAGCAUUCGCCACAAGUACCGCAUUGAAGGGUCGGUGUGUGAAGAUUGGUUGGUCAUGGCCUGCAUGGCGCCGUGUGGACUGUGUCAAAUGGCCAGAGAGCAAAAGAUGAGAGGAUAAGAAUUCAGGAUAGACAACCAAUCACAAUUUGGAGGACUCUGUGUUUGAAGUGACAUAGGAGUCAUGAGAGGUCAACAGGAUGAAUGAUAAUACUUCUCCUUUUUCUGAGAUGAAAUAAAUGACUGAUGUUAUCUAAA